GGCGGAGAAGCACGUCGACGCCUAAAACUAAACCAGAAAAACAGAACAACAAUUCUGCAGCUUCUACAUUCUUCACCACCGCAUCCAUGGCGGACGUCGACGUUUCGAACAACGGUCUCAAUCGGACGAAGAAGAAGAAUAACGCCAAUCUUUUACUCGGCCGCUAUGAAGUAGGAAAACUCCUCGGCCAUGGCACCUUCGCGAAGGUUUACUACGCUCGAAACAUCAAAACCGACGAAGAAGUCGCAAUUAAGAUCAUCGACAAAGAGAAAAUCCUCAAGGGCGGCUUAGUCGCUCACAUCAAGCGCGAGAUCUCAAUCCUCCGCCGCGUCCGCCACCCCAACAUCGUCCAGCUCUUCGAAGUCAUGGCCACGAAGACGAAGAUCUACUUCGUCAUGGAAUACGUCCGCGGCGGUGAGUUAUUCAAUAAAGUCGCAAAAGGCCGAUUGAAGGAAGGAGUCGCCAGAAAGUAUUUCCAGCAAUUGAUCUCCGCCGUAGAAUUCUGCCACGCCAGAGGCGUGUACCACCGCGAUCUCAAGCCAGAAAACUUGUUACUCGACGAAAACGGUGAUCUCAAGGUCUCCGAUUUCGGCCUCAGCACUGUCUCCGAUCAAAUCAGACAAGACGGAUUGUUUCAUACUUUUUGUGGAACGCCUGCCUAUGUUGCUCCUGAGGUUCUGGCAAGAAAAGGAUACGACGGAGCCAAAGUUGAUCUCUGGUCUUGUGGCGUUAUUCUCUUCGUUUUAAUGGCAGGUUAUUUACCAUUCCAUGAUCAGAACGUUAUGGCUAUGUACAAGAAGAUUUACAGAGGAGUUUUCCGGUGUCCCAAGUGGUUCUCACCGGAGCUAAACUUAUUAUGUACUCGUCUUCUCGAUACAAACCCAGAAACCAGAAUCUCAAUUCCAGAUAUCAUGGAAAACAAGUGGUUCAAGAAAGGGUUCAAACAAAUCAAGUUUUAUUUCGACGACGAUAAGCUCUGUACCAGCGUUGAAGAUAUUGACAAACUGGAUUUAAACAAGGACGACAUAGACUCAAUCUCAGAUUAUUCAGUAUCAGAAUCCGAUUCAGAACUAGAGGUCAAAAGAAGAAGCAACGCUUCAUUGCCAAGACCAGCAAGCUUGAAUGCAUUUGAUAUAAUAUCAUUCUCUGCAGGCUUCGAUCUUUCUGGGUUGUUCGAGGAGAAAGGGGACGAGGCGAGGUUCGUGUCCGGCGCGCCAGUGUCAGAGAUCAUAUCGAAGUUGGAGGAAAUUGCGCAGUUGGUGAGCUUUACAGUGAGGAAGAAGGAUUGCAGGGUGAGCUUGAAGGGAUCAAGGGAAGGUGUGAAGGGGCCACUGACGAUUGCUGCCGAGAUAUUCGAGCUUACUCCGUCGUUGGUGGUGGUGGAAGUGAAGAAGAAGGCAGGGGAUAAAACAGAGUAUGAACAGUUUUGUAACUCUGAAUUGAAACCUGGCCUACAGAAGUUAAUGAUGAAGUAUGAAUCAGCAACUUCUUCUUCCAAGAGAAAUUCUUCUGAUGAGAGUCCUCACUCUGAUUCUGAUUCUUAG